AAUGUUUAAAGAGGAAUUUUAAACAGUGAGCUCGUAGUCAGUGCGUUCAUUCAGUCUGUGUUCACUGUUCAGUAGCUCGACACUUCAGCAAGAUAGAGGCGCCUUCAUGGCGGUGCUUAAGUAUGGCUUCCUAUAUCUGAGGGUUUACAUUUGUGGUUAAGCCAUUUUUUUGCACGGCCAAUGACCGAGGAGCCGGCCGGCGAAACUGAGCGCACCGAAGCAGUCACGUGUCCGGGGUGAGGCGCGGCGGGCGGCUUGACUCGCAGCCGAACCUUCUCUUAUAAGAUGCACACUCGCCGCGGCAUAGGUGUGGAGCGUGCUGACUCGUACGGCAUGCCCCCGCGCAAGCUUCUUGUAACACACGCACGUUAAUAUCCUAGUUUAUUAAAUAAGACUCACUGAGUGCCAUGUAGGAUGUCUCACAGCAGCUUAAGUUGUCACUAUGACAGCUAUCUUCCAUCAGACUCAUCGCUCGAAACAGACGCACUAACUAACCGACAUUGGAAUGGCCGAGUAUCAGCUCAAGCAGAAGGGCCAUCGCGCCGCAAAAGUAACCUUCACAAUGCCAUGGCGGCAGAAAUCGACACCUCAUGGGAUCGACCAGCACACAUCGAAGGAAGAUAUAAGAAAUACUCAACAACAUCUUCUAUUUAUUCGAAGAAAGCUUUAUCACAUCAAAGUGAACAUAUCGAAAGAUCGUGGUGGUACGCGUGCUGUCAGAAGUGUCACACAGAAGAAUCCGGGAUUCCAUCGUGGGAACCUCCUCACUGGCAGAAAAUAUGCCCUUAUCCUUUGUGUCCUUCGUACAGGCGGUUUGCUCAAAACGUUUCCAUAUUGCUUAUUGGUAUAAUGGUAUGGGUAUUAGUAUGGAUAAUAUUGGGGGAUACAGCGGCGCCGGGUGGCCAACUAUUCAUGCUGGCUGUCCUAACCAUUGCCGCGCACUUCGGAGGCUGGCUUAUAAUGAAAGUCACCACGCUGCCGCCGCUUAUAGGAAUGCUAAUUGUAGGGAUAAUUAUGAAGAACAUCGGCUUUGUCAACUUUGAUGCGGAUUAUCAGCACGUCGCAUCGUACAUAAGAAAAAUUGCCUUAACCAUUAUUUUAACACGAGCGGGUCUCGAUCUGGAUCCAACUGCAAUGAAAAAAUUCUUCUUCACUGUUAUUAAACUUGCAUUACUGCCUUGGGCAAUUGAGUGCGGCCUGUGUGCCGUUAUGUGUAACCUUUUACUUGGAUUGCCUUGGGACUGGGCUUUUCUCCUGGGAUCGAUUUUCGCCGCAGUGUCGCCGGCGGUAAUCGUGCCUUGCUUGUUCCGUCUUCGAGAAAAAGGUUACGGUGUCUCUAAGGGAAUACCGACAUUAGUACUCGCAGUAUCGGGUAUCGAUGACGCUGCCAGUGUUGCUAUUUUCGGCAUCGUUUCGUCUAUCAUGUUUUCCAGUGCUUCUCUUACUACGAAUAUUAUUCAGGGUCCACUUAGUGUUAUAGGAGGUGUUGCUUUUGGCGUGUUCUGUGGAUAUCUUGUUAAAUACAUUCCAGAAAGAAAUGAUGCUUUCUUAGUACCGAUAAGAGUGCUGUUACUACUAACUGGUGGUCUUAUGUCAGUGCUCGGUUCGGAAGAAAUUGGCUGGGGCGGAGGUGGACCGCUAGCUGUGAUAGCUUUUGCCUUUGUGGCCUGCAAGGAGUGGGUAGAGCAAGGAUGGGAACUUGAUGAUAAUCCCGUUGCCACUGCAUUCGAAAUAUUCUGGAUGUUUUUCGAACCUAUGUUAUUCGCCAUCACUGGCGCUCAAGUUGUUAUUGCAGACCUACCUCCACAUUUAGUGUUAGUGGGUGGUGGGAUCAUCAUCACGUGUAUUGUCGUCCGUGCUCUUCUCACCAGUGUCUCUGCGGUCCGUAGUAAUCUUAACAUGAAGGAAAAGAUUUUCGUAGGGUUAGCUUGGAUGGCUAAAGCCACUGUUCAGGCUGCUCUAGCACCGGUUGCAUUGGAUGAGGUGCGCAAAAUGUCACUGGAUGAUGAAACGAUGACUGAACUUACGAACUACGCAGAAAUCAUCAUCACAGUGUGUAUUAUGUCUAUUGUCAUCACAGCUCCACUUGGAGCCAUUGUCAUCACAAUCACUGGACCAAGAUUGCUUUCGAAGACUACUAAGCCACCUGUACUAGAAGGUUGGCGUCGAUCACAUAGGCCGUCUAUCCGUGAUAUUUCUAUCAUCGACGAAGAAGAAAUAGCAGAACGAGAUGCAGAAGCGGAGGCUGAAGUACAAAACUCACCUCCUGUCUCACCCGUACCGACCGCAACACCCAACGCAUACAGCACACCUAAUCCUGUCACAGUACAACCUAAUCAUCGCACAUGAGACUAAUAUCGUUUGUUAAUACUUGAGUUCCCGUCCACAUAUUUAAAUAAAUUUUAUAAUAGUAGACUCUUUAAUAUUUCAAACAAGCUGUUUUAUAGGUACGUGUUGCGAUGAUGGAAUGCGCCAUAUUAAUCAUAUUAAAUUUUACAAAAAUGCUGCUAACACAAUCUUGCAAUUCCUUACCCGUUCAUACUUUAAAUAUUUGUUCUGGGGAUGUUUUUUUGGUUAUAUUCCUUAUUUCAUCUGUAAAUUUUAUAUUGCAAUAGUUUUUCCUCAAUAUAUAUAAAGAUUUAAAAAAUAUAUAUAACAUCUUGCCCUGAAUGAAUAAAACAUAAGGCGUUUAUAAUGGGUUUGUAGACAGUUAAGGAAAAAUGUCUGUAUCGAUACAAAGUAGAGAUUGUCUACAAAUCGUCGAAAAGUUUAUCCGCCUUUAAACAAAUUGUCGGAAGAAAAUGACUUUAUGAGCUAUGAAAUAGUUAUUAUUAAAUUGUAAAAUUAAUAAGGCACUAGUGAUGAAAAGUGACAGAAACAGAAGGCUUAUCUUGUAAUUAUGUGAUAGUAAGAAUACUUCAUAAAGCAGUUGCCUGUUAGCAAAACCUCGCUAAUAAACUUUCCAUCAUAUUAAAACUUAGGUUAUUAAAGGCAUUAUUUAAUUUAAACUAUUAAUGUGAAUAAAUGAAUUGUAUCUUAUUGUUAUAGUGAAUAGAAUUCAAAGUGCAAAUAAAUAAAACACCUCUCAUAUUACCCAUUGAAAUUAUACUAAAAAAAUAUCGACAGUGUAAAUAAAUACUCAUGUUUUUAUAAUAUCGGAAAAAUAUAAAAUUAAAUUAAAAGGACUCUAGUCCACGGUUUAACAUUACAUUUUGAAUAUAAAUUAAUUGAAGUUUUAAAAUAAUAAGCAGAUUUUUGCGAGCAAAUAGACAACUGCAGACGAUUUGCCUAUUUGCUCGCAAAAAUAACCCAGUUAAGUCAGAAUAUGUUACCAAUCUUGGUUAAAUGCACUUUGAAACUAGCGGUAGAAUAAAAAUAGCAUGUAAGUCUAAACAGUAUUGUGAUUAUCUACAAACUAUUAUUUAAAUUAAUUACUUUUAGAAUAAAGUGAAAAAAAAUGUACAAAUAGAUAAAUAUGUAUUUUAUAUAAAAAAUGCUAUUCAAGAAAUUAUUAUAUAACAAAUAUUUGAGGUUAUCAAUAUGUUUUUUAAAAUUACCAGUGUUUAUAUAAGAAUUUUAUUUGAACAUGACAUUAGAACAAUAUGGAAUUAAAUUUUACAAAACUUUACGUAUAUCACAGACAUAAAGGUUUACAUACAAAACCUAAUAUAUUUUGUCACACGAACACCAUAAUAUAUUAUAUUGAUUCCAUACAAUAUAUAUAUAUAUAUAUAUAAAGGUAACAUAUAAAUAUCCUCUUCUCCGAGAUAAAAUCAUGUGGUACUUAUACAAUGUGAUAUAAAUAAUAUAUUAAAUGUAUAUGCGCCUUUUUAGAAAUAAAGAACUUAUUUUGUACCAAACACAUUCCUAAUUGGGACCACUUAAACAUAGACUACUGUAAUAAAUGUGUCAUAUUCUUAAUUGUUGGAAUGGUGCUAAGUAGCCCGCGAUGUGUUAAAAUACUAUUAAAAUAAUUACAUAUGCAUAA